CACAUAUCCCCUCUCAAUUGGGAAGGGGAAGACCCUUAGGAUUUCUGACCAACAGAAACAAUUGGCUCUGUAGCACCAGAGUCAGCCAGAGCCCAAACAAUGAUGAAGUGGGGCUUAACUUGGGACAUAUUGUUAUCCAAUCAAGGAGAGAAUGAUUUUGGGUUUAAGGCAUGGUCCUUAAGAAAGAAAUGUACCCUGUAAAUCCCAAAUUAUUUUGGGAGGUUUCAGUGACCAAAAUUUACAUUGCUUUGGGCAGAGCACAGAGAAGGGAAUGGUACCUUAUGUGAACAGAGAGAAGGGAAGAGAAAGAAGAAUGAAAAGAAAAAAGAACUGGGUUGUACAACUGGCCAAUUUGAAUUGAAUCACCCGCGAGGUAGGUCCUAUGACUAUUCACAAAGGCUGGUAUCUACAGCACACCAUCCGCUGCACACCUACCUUUCUGAUUUCAGGCCAAUGAAUUUCUGGAGAAGGAAAUAACAAACUACUACCUAAAUGGAGUUACAAAGAGUUGGACAUGACUACAUAAAAAAAAAAAAAAAAAAAAGAAAAGAAAAAAGGAAUUAUAUAAUUUUAUAAUAGAUUUUUAGAGUUGGAAGAGACCUUAGCAGUUGCAUAGUUUGAUUUCUCAAUGUAGAAAUCUCAUUUACAACAUUCUUAAUAAAUGGUCAUUAGUCUACAAUUUAACAUUUAUUUUUACUUUUUUUUGAAGUUUUUUAUUUUCAAAACAUAUAAGCAAGGAUAAUUUUUCAACCCUGACCCUUUGAAAACCUUGUGUUCCAAUUAUCCCCCUUCCUCCCACCCCUUACCCUAGAUGGCAUGUAAUUCAAUAUAUGUUAAACAUCGUAAAAAUAUAUAUUAACAGAUAUUUAAAGUUGAGAUUAAUGUUUAAGAAUGUGUUAGAAAUGGCAGCUUAAAUACAAAAGUGAAAUUAUUCCAGUUGUCACAUGGAUAGAAAGAAAAAAAAAGUUUUAUUGAUAUCUUCUGUUUUAAAAUAUUUCCCAGUAUAGUGUUCUUUGUCAUUCCCUUCCCGUCCGAUACCCAAAUCUUGGGCUUUUUAACAAAGAAAGAUAUUUAACCAAAACCAAAUGACAGCAUAUGCUAAACUAUACACUUGGACCUUUUCCACUCCUUUUUGAAAAAAUAAAAACUUCUCUCCUGUGAUUACAGAUGAGGAAACUAAGGCAAACAGAAGUUAUGUGACUUUUCCAGAGACAGCUAUGUCUGAGGCCACAUUUGAACUCUAGUCUUCUUGACUCCAAGUCCAGCACUCUGUCCACAGAGACACUCAGCCUUCUCCAACCACUUAGCUGUUUGUAAGUAAGCACAACUUAUCUGUCAACUCAAGAUGUUCCAUAUUUCAUUUUUCUGAUGAUUGAAUCAAUGUGCAUUAAAUAAAUCAGUAUUCAUUUCUAUAGUGCAUAUUGCAAGUACUAUUCUCACCUGACUUUGGUACAUAAUUUUUCAGCAAAAAAAUACCAUAGUCUUACAGAAGUGAGCAUCCAUGAAUUGGCAAUUGAUGAACAAAUUAUAUAUAGUACAUAGAGGGAUAUAAUGGAACUCUAAUGCACUGAGAGAAACAGCAAACAUAACAAAUUAUGAGAAAAAUUCAACAUAGGAAAAAUCAUAUGAAGUCAUGCAGUGUGAAAUAAAGUGGAGGACCAUGUGCACAAGCACUAUAAACAUAUAAACCAAACAUUAAAAAGACAGCCAAAUUCCAAUUGUAAUUAAUAAGCUUGGUCUCAGAAAAUAAAUGAUGAAAUACAACUACCUCCUCUCAGUCUCUGCUGCUGAAUCACUUCACUGCUAGGCAAGGUCAAGCCGGUCCCUUUCCUAGGGCUGACUUCUCAUCUACCUUGCCUGUUGCUAAUGACUAGCAGUGGACUCCAACUUUAGGAUUUCUGGUUGCUCUUUUACAUUUUGAAGUUCACAAAGUUGAAAUUUGGUCUGUUCUAUCUUUAAUACUCAUUCACCUAAGAUCAGGAUAUUCUAGAUACAGUGGAGACAAAGAAACUGAGAUGGCCAUAGAUUCCUGGUUUCAUGGAAGCCAAAUGUGAAGCUGUGGCACUCAGCAGCAGGGCCUGCUACCUCUUUCUCUACCUAAAGACUUAACAUGGUUCUUGGACUUCUUAGAUCCCUGAAAAAGAGGGAAAUUUUCCCUGCUGGAAUCUUUUAUAUGAACACUCAGUUCCAAAGCUUUUUGUCUCCUUAAGAAACCCAACAGUAAAUAGUUACAGAAUACCUCUAUAUACAUGCUCUGAAUUGAAGGAAUGCCGUUCCCUCGUGUCCCUCUAGAAGCAGGAUCAUCAUAUUUUCUUUAAUUUUCUUUUUAUUUUGCAAGGCAAUUGGGGUUAAGUGACUUUCCAAGAGUCACAGAGCUAGGAAGAAUCGGGUCCUCCUGAUUCCAGGGCCAAUGGUCAAUCUACUGUGUGCUAUUUAGCUGCUCUUGGGAUCAUCAUAUUUUCACAUGAAGUGAUACUAGAAAGAGUAUAUGAUACAGGAUUAAAGGGCUAGUGACACAAGAAUUUUCAUAUUAAUAGCUGCUUGAAGGCAAGGACCUUACUUCUUUUUAUGUUAUUAUUUACAAUGCUUAGCAGAGUAUUUUCCCUACACUUUGCCUGAAAUCUGUUUUUGAGUUGAUGGUUAUCUAGGUCCUAAUAUCAUCUCUAAUGAUAAACUUCAGCUUCUCCAGGUUGAAAGUUAUAAUUUGAAGUUGAGCUUGUGUUAGACUUACAGCAGGACUGUAAACAUGUUGGAAAGGUGCUGAAAAGUAAAAACAAAAACAAAAACUUAGGACAGCACAGACUACUACAUAUUUGCAAUUCAAAGGAUUUCUUUAUUAGAUAAUAUAUUCCUUGACCUGGUACUGCUAUUUUUCAUCUUUGAAUACUCAUUGCCCAGGUAGUGCUUUGUAUCUAGUAGAUCUUUAAUAAAUGUUGAAUGAAUUUCAUCCUGGUAUCCCAUUGUAAUGUGAAGAACCAAAGAGGUUUUCUGACUCACAGUAGUAAGUACUGCUUAGAAGUUUUAUAACACUUUCCCAUUAACCUUCUGGUGGUAAAGAGGUAUAAGCAAGAAAUCCUUUUGAUUGUCAAAAUGGGAACAUAAUGUUCCUUAGUUUAAGGUGCUUAAUUGUGCAAGUAGCCAAAAAAAAAAAAAAAAAAAAAAAAAGCUAAAACUGAGCGCUUUGUCAUGGAAUCUAUAUCUUUUUAAUGAACAUUCUCCAUUCCAGUAAGCUCUCUAAACUUAUUCACAGAGGGGAGGACUCCCAGAAAAUCCAUUUAUCUUAUGACUUAGAAUAAUAGUGAUAGCUAAUAGUCUUUUCCCUCAAGUUAUAGAGCUCUGUAACAUGCCAUUUAUCUGUGUCUGAAAUAGAAAGAAAGAAUUCAAGGAUAAGUUUAUUAUUUUAAAAACAUGGCUUUCUUUUUUAGUUAUCUUUAAGAGUCAUUUUAAAAUCUUUUAUUCUAGUAGAUACUAUCACUGUUACCCAGAAUAUUAGUUAAUAUAAUAGACAACUGAUCAUUUGUAAUCUUAACUGAAAAAUGCUAGCAAAUAGCUAAAUUCUUCAAUUAAAUCAGUUCUUUUUAUUUCUAAUCCUUUAUAUAUAUAACAUGUAUGUAUAUAUUUAUGUCCAUCAAUAUCCAUAAAACAUUUAUGAAAUGCUUACUGUAUAUGGAGCACUAUUCUAAGAUACAAAAUUUAAGUGAUUUGUCCUCAAGGAACUUCCAGUUUAUUUAAUAAGGAUUAAGACAUCAAUAUGCGUAGCUAUCAUGAUUUGAUUGAGUUAACACUAUGUAAUUAUUUUAAGGUCUGAAUGGAAAGAUUGUCAUUCUAUAGGAGGAUUCUGGGAAGGCUUCUGGAAGAGAUGGCAUUUGAGUUGGAAUUUAUAGGAAGGAUGACAAGGAUAUCUUCAUUUCUUUAGAGCAUUUCAGCCAUAAAAAAAAAUCCUGAAGAUAAAAUCAUGAGGGCAUGAUGCAUAUUUGAAGGGCAGAAAGUUAUCCAGUUUGGUUGAAGUAUAUCUUAUAAAGAAGUCAGAAAUAUGAAAUACAGCUUGAAAAGUAGAGUGGCACCAUGUUGUUUAGAAUCUUAAAUUUCAAAUAAAAGAAGUUGAAAUUUUAUAAGAAGCUAAUCUAUAACUAAACUACAAAUGUAAUAAGGGUAGGGACUUGGUAGAAAACAGCCCUCUUUUGCAUUCAUUUGUUAAUUUUUUAAAUUUGAAUUUUGAUUUAUUUAAUCAGUAACUAUGGAACUCAUAUAUCAGGAACUCAUGGCUAUAUUCUUAAGGUAUUGUAAGUUCAUCUAGUGUCAUUUAGCAGUAGAAAGAAUCUAUUUUGAAUAGGGGACUUGCUUCUUACAAUCCAAACAUUCCUGCUGUCUACUCCCACCUAUUUGAAAGUGGUUGGUUGCCUACCUCCUAAAGAGCCUCACAAACUUGUGAUACAAUGUGUAUAACCCCCUCAGAAAAAGGUUUUGUUCCUACAGUCUUCACAGGGUCCAGAGCUGUCUUUGAAGAGACAGUGACUAAGAAAUCUCUCCUUGCUCAUUGAGAAAACAAUCUGCUGGCUCCAGUAGAACUGAGUUAUUUGUUAGAAUAUAGGAGAUGAAGGGGAGUUUUUCAAGUUUGGAGUGGCAUGUUGAUAAUGAAAGUGCUUUAGUCCAAAAGCCACAGUUUUCAUUUAUAGCUAUUUUCCAUUUAUUAUUGUUGUAUUAUUUGUAAUAUCAUUUAUAUUAUACAUAAAAAUGUAAUAAUACAAUCACAUCUGAGAGUAGAAUCUCUUCUGUUUCCUUCCACAAAAUAUUUCAGAGUGUGCAACUGAAUCUUGGGGUUACAGUAUUUCCCUGACAAGUCACUUGACUUGUCAAGACCCCUGUCUUCCUCAGCUUUCUGCUCUGUAAAAAAGGCACCAUAACAACACAUUUUUCAGAAUUGUUGUGAAGAUCAAAUGAAAUGAUAUAAAGUGCUUUUCAAACCUUAUGUACUAUAUGAAUAUGUUAUUAUUCCUAUGUCAACUUUCAAAAUGAGCUUUCAAUAAGUCACUUAACCUAUGCCUCUAAUUUUUAAGUGAAAAAAGUUUAUUUACCCAGUCUUUCUAAGGUGCUUAUUGAAAAUGGCAAAUUUGUCCUUAUUAGAGUAUGUAUUUAAAAAUUACAUCAGUACUAAAAAUACUAAUUAAAAUAUUUUAAGAUUUGGUUUUUAAAAAUAGUUUAAGAUUCUACUAUUAAAGAAGCAAAACUAUAAGCCCCCAACUAUUAGAUAGAUAAGUAGGGGACAUUAAGUAAAUCAAUCGAACUGAUUUACUUUAAAACAGAACAUUUCAGCCAACAUAAUUAAGAGUUGAGUUACUGAUUUAUAGCAGAAGGGAGAUGGAUUAUUUUUCCUCCCACUUUCCCUUCCACACUACUCCAUUCUUUCCACUUCUCCCCCAGUGCCACAUCCGGGGUAAGAAGUGGAGCUGUUCGGUUAGCACUGGAGAGAGCGAGGCCGGGCAAAGAGUGAAGGGAGCGAGAACUGCGCACACGUGAGGACAAAAGUAGAAAUCUGGCAUGCCUGGAGAUUUAGGAUUGGUUAAGGAAAGGAAGACUGGGACAUGAAGGGGUUAAAAAUCUAGGGGGAGUGAGCCGUCGGGUCCCCAGCCUUUCCGCCUCAUUCCCGGGCGUCCCGCCGCCUGCGCCGCAGCCUCGAGCCUCGGGCCAGGAGUUGGGGGAACACGGGAGGAUGCCAUCCCUCUGCUUGCCGCUAGAGGGAGCGCCCAAACUCGGCCGGGAGGAGGCGGCGAGCGGGCGGAGACGGCAGCCCCAGCAGCAGCAGCAGCAGCAGCAGCAGCAGCAGUAGCAGUAGUCCCAGCAGCAGAAACAGCAGCAGUAGCUGGAGCAGCGGCCACGGCCACUGCCACUGCCACGACCACGGCCACAGCCACUGCCCCGCAGCUCGGGUUCCAGUCCCAAGUGCCCCUGCCCGCAGAUUCAGACUCCGCGGGCUGGCGGAGAGCACAGCUCCAGGCGCGGGGAUGCGGCCGCUUUCUGGCCGCCUGUUCGGUGUCCCGGCCGUGAUUGCGCUUCUUACCUGCUCCCUGGCUUCUGCCAUAGAUGCUGAAGAUGUAAAGAAAGAUGCCAAGAAUUCACAGAAUUUGGGAAAAAGUGGAACAUCAAAUAAAAAUGAUUUAGACUUAAAAGAAGUUGUAUUUGUCAUCCAGAGUCAAAGUAAUUCUUUUCAUGCAGAGAGAGCAAAGCAAUUAGAGCAAAACAUCUUAAAACAGGCUGCCGAUCUUACCCAGGAGCUCCCCAGAGUUCUUCUUGUUCAUCUGCUGGAUAAGCAUGACGGAGCAUGGACCAUACUUCCUUUAUUACCUCAUUUUUCCACAUCAUUUAGCAGAAACUCAUCUUGGGUUUUCUUCUGUGAAGAAGAAACAAGGAUACACAUUCCAAAGCUCUUAGAAACUCUGCGAAGAUAUGACCCAUCUAAGGAAUGGUUUUUAGGAAAGGCGUUACAUGAUGAACAAUCAACAAUCAUUCACCAUUAUGCCUUUGCUGAAGAUCCUACAAUUUUCAAAUUUCCUGAUUUUGCUGCUGGCUGGGCCCUUAGUUUUCCACUCAUAAACAAGCUUACCAAGAGAUUGAAAAGUGAGUCCUUGAAGUCUGACUUUACAAUCGAUUUAAAACACGAGAUUGCUCUCUACAUUUGGGACAAAGGUAAUGGACCACAUCUUACCUCGGUGCCUGAAUUUUGCACAGAUGAUAUGAGCUCUCCUACGACUACCGGUUGUGCUACAAUGUUUCGUACUUUUCUACCGCUUUGUGGAAAUCCAGUGAAGGAGAUGGCUGUUUUUGUUGCUGUAAAAACAUGCAAGAAGUUUCAUGAUGACAGAAUACCUAUUGUAAAGCAGACUUGGGAAAGUCAGGCAAGUCUUAUUGAAUAUUACAGUGAUUAUUCAGAGAGUUCAAUUCCAACUAUUGAUCUGGGAGUGCCGAAUACAGAAAGAGGUCAUUGUGGAAAGACCUUUGCAAUUUUGGAAAGAUUUUUGAAUCACAGCAGUGAUACAACAACUUGGUUAGUGAUUGUGGAUGAUGACACAUUAAUAAGUAUCUCCAGGCUCCGGAACCUCCUUAGCUGUUAUGACUCGAGUGAACCAGUGUUUCUAGGAGAGCGUUAUGGCUAUGGCCUGGGAACUGGAGGAUAUAGCUACAUCACUGGAGGAGGAGGGCUCGACCAGUUGAUUACCCAAAGGACUACCUUUCUCACCAAGUUCCCAUCUCAUUUCACAAACACUGGAACAUUGAUCCAAUAAAGGCAUAUUUCACCUGGCUGGCACCUAGUGGGGAAGAUGUCACCAGUGGCAGGAAGCAGACACUUCAUAAAGAAGAGUUAUA